ACACCGCGUCUCUAUUCGUUGGUCUAUUUCCUGUCAAGUCUGUUGGGUGGGACAGGCGGAAGCAGCAGCACUAGUAGUAGCAGUAGUGUCCUGACAAACGCUUACAUUUUUAGUUUGCUGAGGCUGAAAGAUUACAUUAAUCUCUCAAAAUGCCGGCGUACCACUCUGGCUUGAUGGAUGGGGACACCAAGAUGGUGGGGAACAUGGCUAUGCUGCCACUAAAAACCCAAUUCAAGGGCCCUGCAGCGAAAGAGACCAAAGAUUCAGACAUCAUUGAGGAGGCCAUCUACUAUUUCAAAGCUAAUGUCUUCUUUAAGAAUUAUGAAAUCAAGAACGAGGCAGACAGGACACUGAUCUACGUCACCCUGUACAUUUCUGAAUGCCUGAAGAAGCUACAGAAGUGCAGCUCCAGGGGUCAGGGAGAGAAGGAGAUGUACACCCUGGGCAUCACCAACUUCCCCAUCCCUGGAGAACCUGGUUUCCCUCUCAACGCCAUGUAUGCAAAGCCCAGCAACAAGCAGGAAGAAGAGACCAUGAGGGCGUACCUGCAGCAGAUCCGCCAGGAGACGGGGCUGAGGCUGUGUGACCGUGUGUUUGAUCCCCAGACAGACAAACCCAGCAAGUGGUGGGUGUGCUUUGUUAAGAAACAGUUCAUGAACAAAAGCCUGUCAGCUCCUGGACAGUAGACAACUCAGGACUAAACUAGUGCAAGGCAGAUGGAUUUUUGUUUUGUUUUUGUGCCUCCAUUUGUGUGGCUAAGAUGAUUUUAUACUGAAGAGUACAUGGACAUACAUACUGUUGUCAGGUGGCUUCUUUGAUCAUGUUAAGCGAUUGGUUAAUGCAAUAAAACAAUUAUGAAAACA